AAUGUAUUGAAUGAAUGAUGACAUCAAUGGUUGUGACAAUUGAUGACAUUUUGGAUCAAUUAAUGGCUGAAAACAAACGACUACUCAAAGAGUUAUUGUUUGCCACUAAAUGUUUGAAUAUUUUAAAUGAAUUGAAAAUUGAAUUGAAUUUGAUUUACAAGAAGUUUGAGACACAACUGAACACUGAAGACAAGUUCAACCAAUUGAGACAUCAAUUGAAUCUGAUUUCCAGACAAACAUACGAUAAAACAUUUGCUGAAAAUAAUUGCAAACUUUUAAGAUGUGACACAAUUGAUGUAAUUAAUAAUGGGAUCCAAUGUAUGGAUAGUGAGUAUGAAGAAGACAUACAUGUUGUCGACAAUAGUAAAAGUCAAGACAUUAUCGAUGAAAAUGAUGGACAAAAUWAUCGGUCAUUGAGUUCAUCUGAUUUGAUUGAAAAUAAGACCAAAAGGAUUGUCGUACAAAAAAUUAAAUGUCGUUACGAUGGCUGUAAUAAAACGUUUGCCGGAAUAAGUGGUAGAUGUUAUCACGAGAAGUCGUACCACAAGAAGUUGUAUUGCAAGAAGAAGGAGAAGAAGAACACAAAGACAACAACACAAACAUUGAGUUGUCGUUACGACAAUUGCGACAAACAGUUUAAAACUACUGCUAUCAGAGACUAUCACGAAAAAGCCAAACAMCGAUCACAUGAAACACUGUCACCAAUUCGUGUAUCGGAUUUGAAAUCCAUAAUCAAAACAAAACUAACGACCAAAAGGAUUAUUGAACAAAAUCUAAAGUGUCGUUACGAUGGUUGCAAUAAAACAUUUGCCGGAAAAAAUGGUAGAUGUUAUCACGAGAAGUCGUACCACAAGAAGUUAUAUUGCAAGAAGAAGGACGCAAAGACGACAACAGAAACAUUGAGUUCAUCUGAUUUAGUCGAAGAUAWAACCAAAAAGAUUAAUAAACUCAAGUGUCGUUACGAUGGCUGUUACAAAAUGUUUGCCGGAGGAAGUGGUAGAUAUUAUCACGAAAAGUCGUACCACAAGAAGAAGGACUCGAACAUCACUCAGACAUCCAGAUGUCGUUACGACAAUUGCGAUAAACAGUUUAAAACUACUGCUUUCAGAGAUUUUCACGAAAAAGYCAAACACGGAUCAAACCAAACACUUUCAUCAUUUUGUGUAUCGGAUUUGAAAUCCAUAAUCAAAUCGAAACUAACGGCUAAUAAUUCAAUUAUGACGACAACAACGGAAGAUCAUUCAGACGACGGCGAGUUUUUAUGUCGUAUCGAUGGUUGUAUCAAAUCAUUUAAGACAUACAAAUCAAUUGUUCGACAUAAACAAGUGGAUCAUAAAAAUCAUAAACCAUUGAAAUGUGAUUAUGACAAUUGUGGCAAAACAUUUAAACAGUUGAAAAGUUUACAUAAUCACCAAUUAGUGCACAGACCGGCCAUUUUCAAUUCACAGCCAUUUCAAUGUACUUACAUUGAUUGUAAUAAAACAUUUACUACCACUUCAUCUUAUACUAGACAUAUACGCCGACGACAUCUACUUCUCAGAAAAUUUAAAUGUUUCUACGAUGGAUGCUUGCAAUUGUUUGACACUGAAAACAGUUACCAAUUGCAUCGAUUGUCUCACAAAGAUGAACUGUUUAGCUGUGACAUUGAUGGCUGCAAAAGUAAAUUCAUGAACAAAUCAUCGAUGAAGACACACUUGGCUACCAUACACACGAGUGAGCCGACAAUCAAGUGUACAGUUCAGGGAUGUACCGAAAUGUUYUACAAUUAUCGCCAGAUUAGAAAACAUCGGCAAUCCGAUCACGAUAUACUACCCGAAACGUUUCGGUGUCAAUGGCCCGGCUGUGACUAUGUGGUCAAUGUUAAGGUACGAAUGCAAGAGCACAGRUCAAGUCAUUUGGGUGUCCGACCAUUUGAGUGUCAUUGGCCACAAUGCGAGCGAAAGUUUAUCCGAAAAGAGGAACUCAAACAACAUAUGAAUAUCCAUACAAAUGUUAAGCCCUAUGCGUGCAGUUGGCCCGGAUGUGACUACAGGGCUGCACAUCACUCGGGUGUUGCACAUCAUAUGAAAAAUAAACAUAAAAAACCAUUAACUCAGUAA